UCUGUGAUUGUGAAAAGUGUUGAACGAAAUGCCUUAAAUAUGUAUGAAGCAAGGAAAUGUCUCCUCGGACUUGAAAGCAGUGGGGUUACCAUAGCAACCAGUCCGUCCCCAGCAUCGUGCCCCGCCGGCCUGGCCUGUCCCAGCCUGGAUAUCUUAGCCUCGGCAGGCCUCGGACUCACUGGACUAGGUCUCUUGGGCCCCACCGCCUUAUCUCUAAACACUUCGACAACCCCGAACUCACUCUUGAAUGCGCUUAAUAGCUCCGUCAGUCCUUUGCAGAGUCCAAGUUCUGGCACCCCGAGCCCCACGUUGUGGGCACCCCCACUGGCUAAUACUUCAAGUGCCACAGGCUUUUCUGCCGUACCACACCUUAUGAUUCCAUCUACUGCCCAAGCCACGUUAACCAAUAUCCUGUUGUCCGGAGUGCCCGCCUAUGGGCACACAGCCCCCUCCCCCCCUCCCGUCCUGACUCCUGUCGACGUGCACAUCAGCAGUAUGCAGACAGAAGGCAAAAAAAUCUCUGCUGCUUUAAAUGGACACGCGCAGCCUCCGAACAUAAAAUAUGGUGUAAUAUCCACUUCAUCGCUUGGAGAGAAAGUGCUGAGUGCGAAUCAUGGUGACCCGUCCAGACAGACAAGUGGAUCGGAGCAGGUGUCUCCCAAACCAAAUCCUGCCGAAGGCGGUAACGAUGCUUUUGUGGAAGUAGGCAUGCCGCGGAGUCCUUCCCACUCGGGGAACGCGGGCGACCUGAAGCAGAUGAUGGGUCCCUCCACGGUUUCCUGCGCCAAGAGGCAGACGGUGGAGCUCUUGCGCGGCACGAAGAACUCCCACUUACACAGCACUGACCGGCUGCUCUCAGACCCAGAACUGAGCCCUGCAGAGAGCCCUCUGGCUGACAAGAAGGCUCCAGGGAGCGAGCGAGCUGCAGAGAGGGCCGCAGCUGCCCAGCAGAACUCUGAAAGGGCCCGCCUGGCCCCAGGCCGGUCAUAUGUCAACAUGCAGGCAUUUGACUAUGAACAAAAGAAGCUAUUAGCAACCAAAGCUAUGUUAAAGAAACCAGUGGUGACGGAGGUCAGAACACCUACAAACACCUGGAGCGGCCUCGGCUUUUCUAAAUCCAUGCCAGCCGAGACCAUCAAGGAGCUGAGAAGGGCCAACCACGUGUCCUAUAAGCCCACAAUGACAACCACUUUUGAGGUUUGUAGAGUCAUCCCUGCCCAUUCUUCCUGUCUGCUCUCAGCAAAGGAGAACAGUCGUCAUCUCUCCCCUCCCAUUCUUCAUUAAGUAGGAAAAGUCAUU